AUUUUGUAAACAAACAUGUGCUUGUCACAAACGGCGCACAAUAUUACAAUGGAAUAGUUUUUUUUUUGAGAAAAAGUUGUUAUAUUAGUGUUUUUACAGUGUAACGAAUAGAAUACUUUGAAUAUUGUGUAUACUGGAGCGUGCACAGGUGUGAUUUAAUUGUUAAACAAGCUGAUUUUAAAGAAUCAAAUGAAAUGUUCGUACUGGCCGAGCUGAAAGACAACGUGCGGAUAGCACCGGAGUUGUUCGGCCUGAAGCUACCAGAGGCUAUAAAGGAUGAAAUCAAUCGAAAGCUAGCAAAUAAGGUCCUACUAAACGUGGGCCUUUGUAUCGCCCUAAAAGACAUCGUAAAGCUGGGCGAUUCCAUCAUACUGCCGGGCGACGGCGCUUCCCACACCGAGGUAAACUUCCGGUAUAUCGUGUUCCGACCGAUUAUUGGCGAUGUGAUUACGGGCAAGAUACGUAGCUGCAGCCGGGAAGGGGUACACAUAACGCUGGGGUUUUUCGACGACAUUCUCAUACCACCGUCCGCACUGCAGCAUCCUUCCCGGUACGAGGAAGCGGAACAGGCGUGGGUAUGGGAGUAUCCUCUGGAGGACGGUAACACACACGAUCUGUACAUGGACAUUGGGGAAAGCAUAAAGUUUCGCGUUUCGGGCGAAGUGUUUGAGGAAAGUUCCCCGAUUGGUCCACCGGAUCAGGAGGUACCGUCGAGUGCGGUGCCCGGCACGAGCGGCGGUGGUGGGGCAGGCACGAGCGGUGUGACGGAGGGUAAUAAGACACCGUACCGUAUAGUGGCGGCCAUUAACGAGUCGGGGCUGGGUCUGCUAUCGUGGUGGGUUCAACAGAAUCAGGAAGAGGAAGACGAGGAAGGCGAGGAGGAAGAGCAGGAGGAUGAGGCGGAACAGGAUUCGGGUGGUGAGAAUGAAUAAAUGUAACUUACCUC